UUGGCUCUCGAGCCCGGAAUGAAUCAGCCCGGAGGCUGCGGGAGUCCGAAGGGAAGCAGGCCCCGCCCCCCGGAACCAGGGCAGCCGCCGGACUUAAAGCGGCGAUACCACUGUGGCGCUAGGGACUGCACUUAAAAGGGCAGUGCGGCCUCGCCACUGUGUUCGGACAAACCAGAGGCAAACACACUAGGGUAGCCAGCAGGUUUUUCACAGGACUCAGGCACCAGGAGUCCCACCCUACAGGAGGCGCUGAGAGCUGCCUGGGGUUUGCAUGGCUCCUGGCAGCAUCUUUUCUGCUCUCUCUACCCCGGCCGCAGGGGGCGCUGGGAGCGGGCUCGAGGCUGCGCGCUGAUUGGCUCCUCCGGAAAGAGGCAAGUAAUUCACCCCGAGGGCGAGGGCGUGGUCGGCUCUGCGGCUUCAGUGGCUGGCGUUGCGAACUUUUUUGCGUCAAAGCUGUGCCGGGAUAACUCCCAGAAUUUUUUUUUUUUUUAAACAGUAGUCCCUCUUUAGUUUAAGGAACUCACCAUUUGACUAGAAUUAAGGUCGGAAUUUCUCAAACUCCUUUGCUGUGGGGACAGAGGACCCUGAAGUGUCUGGAUGCUUAAAGAAGAUUCUUUGAAGGCUGCUUCCGGAAUAUAAAAGCAUGGAUCCCAGCAGUGACUACCAUUUCCUCAACCAGAUUUUGUGGAGAAGGGUGAAGCUCACACUGGUGUCUGGCAUCUUUGAGGGCGUGCUCCAGCACGUGGAUCCUAACAAGAUUGUUGUCCUGAAAAACGUGAAGAAUGUAGAGUCAGGCCGGAGUAUCCCAGGAGUGAAAAUGUUUUUCGGGCAUGAGAUCUUGAAUGUGGAACUAAUGGAUGAAGCAGAAGGCGCAUCGGGGGAAAAGGCGUCCGCUGUUAGCAUAAAUACAGAACGAGCUGGAAUGGAGAAAGUGAAAAAUGAAGACGUCAAUGUCUGUGAGCCGGCUUCACCUGCACCAGAGGUGCCAACCAGCUCUCUCCUCAGUGACCUCAAAUACUUCCCAUCAGAGGAAGAGGAGGUGACAUACACAGUCAUUGAUCAGUUCCAGCAGAAGUUUGGUGCUGCCAUGCUCCACAUCAAGAAGCAGAGUGUCCUGGGCGUUGCUGCCGAAGGAGCCAAUGUGUGUCGCCAUGGGAAACUCUGUUGGCUUCAGGUGGCCACAAACAGCCGAGUUUACUUGUUUGAUAUUUUCCUUCUGGGAAGUCGUGCUUUCAAUAAUGGACUUCAGAUGAUCUUAGAAGACAAGAGAAUCUUAAAGGUUAUCCAUGAUUGUCGCUGGCUCUCUGACUGCCUGUCUCAUCAGUAUGGAAUCAUGCUGAACAAUGUCUUUGAUACACAGGUAGCCGACGUCCUUCAGUUUUCUAUGGAAACGGGUGGCUUUCUUCCAAACUGUAUCAGUACUUUGCAGGAGAGUUUAAUCAGACACCUUAAAGUUGCUCCCAAAUACCUUUUCUUUUUAGAAGAGAAACAGAAAUGUAUUCAGGAAAAUCCAGAAAUAUGGUUGACAAGACCUCUUCCACCCUCUUUAUUGAAAAUCUUGGCCCUGGAAACAACCUACCUGCUUCCACUUCGAUUGGUGCUCCUGGAUGAGGUGAUGUCAGACUUAACCACACUGGUGGAUGGGUACCUGAACACCUACCGGGAGGGUUCUGCAGACCGGCUUGCAGGCACAGAGCCUGCGUGUAUGGAGCUGCCAGCAGAGCUUCUUCAACUCCAGGACUUCCAGAAACAGCGCAGAGAGCGAGCUGCGAAGGAGUACAGAGUGAAUGCACGGGGCCUCCUCAUAAGGACACCACUGAACCCAAAGGAGCCGAAGGCUUGCACAGCAGGGAAAGAGGAGCGAGUCCAGGGUUUCUUAUUUUGUAAGACGGAUGGUGGAGACCAAGUUCCACGCUUUUUAUGUCCCGAAUCUCAUAAGGAUGAGAAGUUUUUGGAUAAAGAAUCUAAACAAACCACAGCAAAGUCUCAGAUUGUGCCUCCCGGGAAGGAAGGCGAAGCCCAUGAGGACUCUGAGAACAAACCGGGGUGUUGGGAGUCAGCGGGGUCAGAAGACCUGAGAGCCCAGAAAGCCCACGCCCUGCCUGCCACGUGGGCAUCUCAGUCCCAGUUUUCUUUGAAAGAGGAGAUAGAGCAGUUGCUGGUGGUGGGAAAUAAGGGAGCUUUAACAAGCCCAAGUGAAGGCGCUUUGGUGUCGCCUUCUCUCCUUCAGGAAACCUGGGAGGCACCAAGUGACACCUUCCGUCUUCCUGAAAAAGCUGAGGUCUCUACACUUCCUCCCUGUCCAGCCCUGGAGAAAACAGACUCAUGGAUAAGUCCAUCUUUAAAUCUGUUUUAGGCCAACAGAGACCCUGUGAGUUUCUCAUGGGGUAGGUUGCUUAGGUCUCAGCCACAGGCUUCUGGGAACAUGGUGGCCUUAGGCUUAGUGCUGAAGCCUGCUGUCUGCAUUAGGAGGGGCCUAAGAAGAGCAGUAAUGUCAAACGUGCCAUUCCAUCAAUGUAUGAGGAAAUCGUCUCUGUAGCUGACCCAUACAUCUUAUCUUUAGCUCAGGCUCAGUGUCUGGAAGAAUCUGGUUCAGGGAUGCUGUAGGGCCGCUCUUGUGGGUGGCAGAGAGCUGGGGCAGCUGCACAGACCCCCAGUUAAGUCUGUAACAUCACCAGAAAAGAAAAGGUGUAGGGUUUUCUCUGUUUGGUUUUGUUUUACCCUUAGAUUGGCGUAGAUCUAAACACCUCUUACUUCCCUACAGGUUAGAAAUGUAUUCUGUCAACGUCACAAGUACUGCUCUUCCUUAAGUGAACUGUGAACUGUGAACUUGUGUGUAUUGUAUCAGGGGCUGGAACAGGUGAUGUCACCGUGGAGGGUAUUUGCGCAACUUUCUUUAUAUUGCAUUAAUCUUAAGAGAGCAGUGUGCUAACUUCUCUGUUGUUAUUUCCUUCUAGUAAAUGUAAAAUUUGAGUUCGUUGGA